GGUGGGAGGCGGACGGUCUCCGGCCGCCAUGCUGUGGGGUCUGCUCCUUGGCUGAGGGAGACGCCGCGUGUGCGCGGGUGCCGUGGCGAACUCUGCUGCCGAGCGCAGCUGCGGGGAACUGAGAAGAGCGCGGGCGAGCCGGAAGCCGGGCCAUGGUCUGCCAGGUGAUUUCAGGAAGGACUAACUGAGGAGAGAAGACUCUUCCCCCAGCGUGGGUGGUGCUUUCAGAAGUGGCCGGCAUAGAAAGAAGACAAAGGCAGAAGCAGUGCUGCCUCCCUGCCCGCCUUCACUUCUUGAGGGUGAGUCCCUGUCCCAUUGCUGCCGCAGCCGCUACCACCGCCGCUGCCACCACCGCCGUCCUUCAGCCGUCCUUCACUGACGUCGGAACUCAGCUUCUUGGGCCUCCAGUGUGGACUGAACAUCAGAGGCUGUCGGUGAAUCUUCCAGGCCUUCUCCACCCGAUUGAGAGCUGAGUCUCCAGCCUUGUGGACUGAGCAACUACCAGGUCAUCAGCCUCUCCAGCAUGGAGACAGCCAUUGUUGGACUAUCUAGGCCGGACCAGGAUUUGGUGAACUUUGAGGAUCUAGCUGUGAACUUCACCCAGGAAGAGUGGGAUUUGCUGGAUCCUUCUCAGAAGACUCUCUACGGAGAUGUGAUGCUGGAAACCUGCAGGAAUCUCACUGCUGUAGGAUACGAAUGGGAAGAGGAUGAGCCUAUUGAAGACCAUUGGGAAGAUCCUGAAAUAAAUCUAAGGCAUGUCAUAUCUGACUCUGAAUAUGUACCAGAGGAGCAGGAGGAAUAUGAAGAAAAUAAGCCAUAUGAAGACUCUAAUUUUCUAACAAAUAUUGAAGGCUAUGUGGACACUAACACUGUGAAUGGACCUGCUGUAUGUGAGGUAUGUUUAAAAUCCUUUGGACUGUAUCACCUAACUUACAAUGGACAACACAACUAUGAUUACAAGCAGUGUGGAGGAAGUCAAACUGUAGAAAAAGAGGAAGGUAAUCAGUGUGAUGAAGCUCUGAGUUCUUCCAGUUCACAUCAAAAACAUGAGAAAAGUCACACAAGAGAAAAGCCCUAUGAGUGUCAACAGUGUGGGAAAGCCUUUAGAUACCCCAGUGCCCUUCAGUUACAUGAAAGAAUUCAUACCGGAGAAAAGCCCUUUGUGUGUAAAGAUUGCGGUAAAGCCUUUAGAGGGCUCAGUGCCCUUCAUUUACAUGAAAGAAUUCAUACUGGAGAAAAACCCUAUGAGUGUAAACAAUGUAAUAGAGCCUUUACAUAUCUUAGUGCCCUUCAAUUACAUGAAAGAAUUCAUACUGGAGAAAAACCCUGUGAAUGCAAAGAAUGUGGCAAAACCUUUAGAAAUCGCAGGGCACUUACAUUACAUGAAAGAGUUCAUACUGGAGAAAAACCCUUUGAAUGUAAACAAUGUGGUAAAUUCUUUAGACGUGUCAGGACCCUUAAAUUACAUAAAAGAAUUCAUACUGGAGAAAAACCCUAUGAAUGUAAAGAAUGUGGCAAAACUUUUAGAUGGCUUACUUCUCUGCGAUUACAUGAAAAAAUUCAUACUGGAGAAAAACCCUACGAAUGUCAACACUGUGGUAAAGCCUUCAGAUGUCAGGCUUCCUAUUAUAGACAUAAAAUAAUUCAUGGCGGAGAAACAUUGUAUGACUGUAAACAGUGUGGUAAGUCCUUCAUUUACCCCUCUUCACUUCAAGUGCAUGAAAGAACGCACACUGGCGAAAAACCCUUUGAAUGUAAACUAUGUGGUAAAGCCUUUAGAUGUCAGUCAUCCCUACGAUUACACGAAAGAACUCAUACAGGAGAAAAACCCUAUAAAUGUAAACACUGUGAUAAAGCCUUUUCAAGUUACAAUUAUCUUCGAUUUCAUGAAAGAAACCAUACUGGAGAGAAACCCUAUGAAUGUAAAGAUUGUGGUAAGACAUUUACACAUCGCUCCUAUCUUCGAUCACAUGAAAGAAGACAUACUGGGGAGAAGCCUUAUCAGUGUGUGCAGUGUGGUAAAUCCUUCAGCAGUCACAGUUCCUUUAAGAGACAUCAGUCUGUUCAUGCUGUGGAAAACCCCUAUGAAUGUCAAGACUAUCUACUUCCUUUAUCCCCGUUUCCUUCAGAUGCAUGAAAGAACUUACGCUGGCAACAACCCAAUGAAUGUGAACAGUGUAAAACUAUUGCCAGUCACAUAAAACACAAGAAUUCAAGAUGAUGACAGAUUUUUCUAUGUAAACAACGUGUUAGAGCCUUCAGGGGUCAUAGUUCCUUGCAAAUGCAUGAAGGAAUUCUACUUGGCAUAAAUUCAUAUGAUUGUUGUAAGCAAUGUUGUAAGUCUGUCACCUGUUGCACUUCCUUUCAGAGAGAUAAGGUAAUUGAUUCUGGGGAAAUGCCCAUGCCUGUGAAGGUAGAAAAUAUGGCUGAUCUUUCGUUUAUCCCUAUUUGCCUUAAAAACAUGAAAGAACUCAUAGUGGUGAAAAAAACAUGAAUGUAAACAAUAGAGUAAAGCCUUCAGGUGUCACAGGUCCCUUUAGUAACGAAAGAAUUCAUACUGGAGAAAAAACCCGAUGUGAACGUAAGCAGUUUUUGAAAGCUUUUAGAUGUUGUUGCUCCCUUAGGCUCCCUGAAUAAUCCCAUACUGGAACCAAUCCUGUGCAUAGAGACAAAGCUGUGAGGCUUGCAGAGAUCACAGUUCUUUCACAGACAUACAAUAAUUGAUGGUGUGGUAAGCCUUGUAAGUGUAAAGAAUGUGGCAAGUUAAUGGAUGCAGAGAGAUGGACAGAUAUUUUCUUCAGUAGAGUAGCUGCCCAAAAGUUGCCCAUGUUCCUGUAAAUAACUCCUAUUAAACUCAGUAGUUCUCCAAGCUACACUGGGUGGAAUCAUUUUUUGUUCCUGUCACUGGUACCCUAUCUGGGAUGAAUAUACCUUUCUGUGUCUUCAGAAAAAGUUCACACUAUAAGGACUUUUAAAGUUGGACUAUGUUUUACAUUAACACGAGACUUCAGGAACAAGGGGGGAAGCUACAUCUUAAAGUGUUGUGUUUCUGUGUCAAGUUGACAGGGUCUGGAAUUAUGGUUAGUUUUAGUUGUUAGCUUGAUAAAAUCUGGAGAUUUGUCUCAAAUGACAAAUGUCUGGAUUAGACUUGGCGCCUGCCUGUGGGGCGUUUUCUUACUUGGGUUAUGUGAGGUAGGAAGACCCAUCCUGAAUGCAGACAGGACCAUUUUAUAGCCAGGCCCUGAACCGAAUGAAAAAGGAGGAGCUGAACACAGGCAUUCUCUCCUGUCUGCUUCAUGAUGUGGAGACAGUGUGACUAGCUUUCUCAAGUUCCAGCCAUUGUGACUUCCUCACAGUAAUGGGGUGUAACUUGGAACUGUAAACUAAAAUAAACCUUUUCUCCCCUAAAUUGUUUUUGUCAGGGUAUUUUAUCAUAGCAACAGAAAUGAAACUAAGACAGUACGUGAUCAUGGUGCACAGCAGAGCCAGAGAUGAAUUUGGUAGGAGCACUUCCUUGCCUUGUCUCGGAUGGGUGUGCUAAGACAUUCCACAGAAGCUAAGAUUUCUCAGGAUGGAGCUUCCAUGGUGGUAAACCCAACAUGGCUGUCCUUUCCAGUGUGGCAUCCCCGCUGUGCAACCUCCUUGUAACAUGGCACACUCCAUGAUGAAUGAGGUAUGGGGGACAUCUUACCCUCCACCAUGUGACUGACAAGCCAGAAUAGCUACAGCCCCUGAAAGUAGCGUAUGUGGGACAGAAUUGUUCAGUAGACUGUGGCAUCUGAUGCAUGCCCCUUGUUCCAGGUAACGAGACAUGUAACUGAGGCUGAACUGUCUGCGCAUCAUGAAUUUACCCACAUAACACAGGAAUUACACAAGUAAAAGACAUGCAAAAGCUCUUCUCUACUUUAGCCUUUGAAUUGGCAGGGGAAAUGGAGGGAAAAAAGGGAGAGAAAGAUGGAAGAGAUGACUUCCAUUUCUUAAAGCCGAGGGUAACCUAAGGGCGAGAGAUCACAAAUCAAGUCUAUGCUAAAUUGCUGCUCCUGGGAUCCAAAACCUGGAACCCAUGGAAAGAAUUGAAGAGCUAGGAAAGAGUGAGGUUAAAGUGGUAGACGCUUCCUCUCAGGUCUGACCUGGAAUACAGAGGAAGUGAAGGUCCGAUCAAUACGGCAUGUCUGAUAGGUCACCACAGGAAACUGACAAUCAGAUAUCCCGCCUUUGGGAGGUUUGAAGCUUGAGCAAAUGUUUAUGGAAGAUAAUCAAUGACAGAGCAGUACAGCUGAAUGAAUCUAAGCUUUUCCUAGAGGUAAGCAGUUAUUCCUCCAGGGUAAGGUGUAUGCUCUCCUGCAAGAAAGUAUACUGUGAAUGUAAUUGUUAGAGCCCAUCCCAGGGACCUCUCAGCCGCCAAGGGCAUCUAAUGAAGAGGCAGCACUGUGCUGCAGCUUGGGCCCAGAGACUAUCAGACCCAGGGAGCCUGUGGGGUUACAGCAGGUGAGAGCCUCUCUGAGCUGCUUCUUGACCCUACACCAAUUUCAGAGUAAGAAGCAGCCCCUUCCUUCACCAAACCUGCUAGGGUGAGGGAUAUGUGACAGGCCUGUGGCAGCAGUCUGGAUGAGGAUACAGGAUGGCUCAUGAAUGACUGGCAAAUGUAGGACUGGCUAAGGUAGUAGUAGUACCUCCCAUCUAUGCCACCGCAUAGAUGGUCUGAAACUCCAGUGUGUAGCCCAGGAUGACAUUGAACCUGUGAUCCACUUGCCUCCAUAUCCUAACAACUGGGAUUACAGGAAUGAACCACCACAUUCAGUUUCAUGUGGUUCUGGGGAUAACGGGCUUUUUGCAUACUAAGGCAAGCAUUCUACCAAUUUAGCUAUGCCGCCAGCUCAACAGUGAUCUUUUUAGGAAACAAUUGGCAAAAAUGAUGCAGUCUUUUCUUACUGUCUUGUACUUUGUUAAUGUUUUAUUUAUUGUCCCUUUAGUUUCAGACAGUUUGACAGGCUUGGCGUGGGCUGUGAGCCUUUGGUGAAUCUGCCCACUCUCCCAAAAGGUUUGAAAAGGGUUAAUUUCUUAGAUGAUAUAAUGCUAACUUUGGAGUGUUCCACAGAUUUAGGAAAGCAUUUGAAUGAGCUUAAAGAGUGAAGAUUGGAACACAGUUUACAGAGUGCAAGGUCCAGAGACACUUGUGAAGGUCUUGAGAAAAUCCUCAACACCUGGGGUAGACAGACAGCUCAGUUGUUAGGAUUACAUAGUACUCUUGUAGAGCACCAUAGGUCUAUUCACAGCACCUGUGUUGAAUGGCUGACAAGUGGUUAUAACUCCAGAUCCAAGGCUUUUAGUUCCUCUUCUGGCCUUUGCAGGCACCUUUACUUAUGUGCACAUAACCACUCACAAACAUGCAUGGUGUACAUAUAAUUUUUCAAAAAGUCCUCAACCACCUGUACCUGUACAUAUUAAAACAGUGGUUGAAAAGUUUGAGGGCAGCCUGAGUGUAUGAUGCUCUCAGAAGAUAGUUAUUUUGGUGAAAAUGCAGUGGGCUGCCUCUCUAGGAGUUGCUUGCCUUGGAGCCCCCCCCCCCCCCCCAGGUCCUGCAAACGGUACAGGCUAUUGUUGCCAUUGCUGUUAGUUGCUCCCCGGAAUCAGAUAGUAAGACUGAUGACCGCAUACUUGGUUGUUGGACAUGGAGAAAUCAAGCUGAGACUGAGCUGGAAGCGUCUCGCUGGCGAGCUUCCAGUGCCUGUCGGUUCUGUGCAGGAUGUAGUGUAGAAUUGUUCUCAACAGUGCUGCUCCGCUCUGGACCUCGCAUGCUGGACUGCCAGAUGUCAAAUCUCUUUUGCAGUAGACAGCAGUUGCUGCUAAGACCAAGGUGCAGAGAGCAAGUGGCUGUUGCAUACUGACCCCUAAGUAGGGCAUCUCUCUCACCCCCUCUGAGGCUCAAGGCACAGUGUGGUAGAAGGGGUAGACAUGAUGUAAAUGCUGGAGGAAGGGAGAGUACAACGUUCAUUUUCUUGCAAUCCCAGCACCUUCGAUUGUCCCCAGGAGACCUGUGCAAAAUUGAGCACAUUCAAGUUUCAUGGGGAGGGAGGGUCAUGAAGCUCCCCCCCUUGACUUAUAGGCUGUUAAUAGUCACUUGGAAGGGUGGUUAGCCAGAGCUACACCCUUUUUUAAAGCUUCUCCAUUUUGGUUGAGCUGUGACAAUUCCCAUAACUAUAGUACUUUGGUUCCUAGAUGUAAAGUAUCUUAUUUCUCUAGAUUCUUACCUUCCCUGUUGGGUGUACCCCAAGUAAUGACCAUCCAGGAAAAAUGUUUAUAAAUCACCUAACAUCAUUAACUGACCACUCACUGGUUCCCCUGAGCAGUGGUCAACUGUGGGCCAGGAAAGGAAAGUUCUCAUCCUCUUUUUCUUGCCCCUCCUUCUGCUCUGCAGUGACUCCGGCUUGUGUGUAGGUGGCCUUCUCUGGUUCUUAGAGUGACUGACCCCCUUGCAGAUUUCCCCAAACGAAAGCCUGCACUGUCCAUCUUCCUUCGUGCUGAACUUUGAUGUGAUGUGUGGGCUAUCCCAUGGGGUUCUCUGCGCCUUCCUUUCCCCUGUUUCCCCUCCUUGGACCCCUUUUCCCUUGAGUGACUCUAGUGAGACCAUCUCCAUUGUGCUGGCUGCACCCACCACCAGCUGAUUCAACCUUGGGUAAGUUUUGAGGGUUUUUUUCUCCUUUCUGUACCAAACUGUUGGUCUCCUGGAGGAGCAAUGGAGACAUCUCUUUCCUCCUUUACUGAGCAGACCUAUCGGUCUGGGAAUGUCUUUCUUUUGGUCUGUUUUCUGUUAGGAAAAAAAAAAAAAAAAAAAAAUCUUCCUUUCUCACUCUGGC